UAAAAUCCCAAGAAGUUAAAAUCCUGACAUUACAAAAUACGGUACCGUACCGCACUGUCUUUAGUACCCGGGUCUUAUCAAAAAUAAAGAGUAUUAUACAUGGCAAUAUAUCCAUGGGUACUCAACCAAGAGUGGGUAUUAUGCUCG